UUAACACUCGGGCAUCACUUCCAAUCCAAUAUGGCAGCGCCCAUGAACAUUUUUUCUGGAGAUGAAAGACCCAUUUCAAACAGUGUUCAAAGGCAAAACAGCAAUCUAAGAUAAAAUUUGAAGCGGUAUGUCAUUUAAAAUGGACGAGAGGCACCGAAUUAAAUUAUUCGUUUGCAAUGACAACGUACUAGUAUGGAACGCAGAAGAUGCAUCCUAUUUGAGGGAUGAAAUGAGAAUUGUUGGGAACCGGAUUGGAUGUUUGCCAAGAUAUCCGAGACAGAAUAACUUUUUAGGGUUACCACUGUAUUUGAUGCCAGAAGAAGUUUCCUUACUUUUAAACAAAGGUGUUGCAGUACUGGUAAAGGGAGACAAUCCUCUGGAAUCUCCAACACAGCAACAAAUGGAGGAAUAUCAGCAACUAUGUGACAAUAACUUUAAGGAUCAGGUAGAACUUUUUCGAGAUGAUAGAAGAAAUGAGAUCAGACAAAACCUUCCAAAAAUCAUUGAAGGAAAGAAAGAAAAAAGAAGGAAGGAAAUAGAAGAACGGAAGAAAGCAGGAGAAGAUGUUGAUGAGGCAGAACUGGAAAAAGAAAUAAUUGUUGAUGUUGACAGCAUCCCGAUACCAACCCUUCCACGUAGCCAAGCUUUGGUACAAUUAUUCACAGAAUCACCUUGGAAAGUUGAGGACUCUGUCGGCACCAUUGCAACCUGGAAUUUCCCGUCAACAGUAAUGGAAAAGACACGCUGCCAUGUUUUCCAGGACUUAUGGGAGAAAGGUUAUUUUCUGACAUCAGGUGCCAAGUUUGGAGGAGAUUUCUUGGUCUAUCCAGGAGACCCUGGUAAAUUCCACUCCCAUUAUGUCGCCAUAUGUUUGGAACAUCAGAAAUCUUUGACCCCUCUUGACCUUGUUGCCAUGGGGAGACUGGGGUCAAAUGUCAAGAAGACAGUAGUGCUAUGUUCAUUGGACCAGGAGGCUUGUAUACAGUACACCUCUCUACAGUGGACAGGGAUUACCUGACCUUUAAAGGUUAAUUAUAUGCAUAUAUAAAAGGUUUACCAUAUUUUAGCCCACCAUCUGAUGAUGGUGGGCUAUUCAAAUCGCCGUGUCCGUGGUCUGUCAUCCGUCCCUCCCUUAACAAUUCUUGAUCGCUAUUUCUCAGAAAGUGCUGAAGGAAUCUUUCUCAAAUUUAAUAUGUAGACUCCUCUUGGUCCCUAGUUAAGCAUAUUGCAUUUUGGGACCAAUCAGAA